AUGAAUCCGGUACUGGCCCACUGUGGCCAUUGCCAGGAAAUCCCUAACGCUAAAACUGCCUCAAAGUUUUUCCUAACUGGUUGCGGGCAAGUAUUCUGCCAAAAGUGCCUCGGCCCUCAAGGAAUCUGCAAAAAAUGCGGCAAAAACUGUGCUCGCCGGUCAAUAACCAAUUCAUCGGUUGGCAAUUUGUUCCAAGAUCCGUCUUCAAAGAUUGCUCAACUGCAACAAGCAAUUGGCUUUCAGUCAUCUCGUUACAAAGCCUUUUUCAAAAGCUCCAAUGCUCGUUACGCCGAUUCGCUGAAAGCACUCAAAGAAAAGGAUUGCAAACUUUGUAUCCUUGAGAAGCAAUUCACUGAAAAUCGCAAUGUUAUUAAAGAGUUGAAGAAACAGUUGCAACUGCAAACAUCUUUUCAAACAACCUCCAAUCCUGCAAAUAGCACAAUGAAUACAACUCGUGCUUCGAAUCACAGCCCUUAUGGCAUUUUUCCGAGUAACACAUAUCAUCACAGUCCUUCAUCAACUAAUCGACGCAAUCAUCAAAAUAACCUUUCAGCAGAACAACUUUACCAGUCAACUCCAUUGCCAGGCCGUAAUCGCCCAAGUCUGAAAAAUUUUGUUCCAAGUCGAGAAAAAUCAAUUUCAAUGAUUGGUUAUAAUCGCCGUUAA